GCUUUUGUUCAAAGCAAUCCACUGACACAGUUUGUUUGCGUUGGGUAGUUGUUUUGAAGAGUUUGUCACUAGCCCGUGAAAAUGCCUGCCAUUGGAAAGGAGAAGCUGACCAAGGAGGAGGAACGACUCCUAAGAGACUACAGCCGACAGGUGUCGAAAACAACAUCAGCUCUGUUUUAUGUGAAUGCGUUUUUCGUCUCCGCAAUUCCUCUAUGGCUGUUUAUCCGCAUCCACCAUAUGGAUGUUUUCGACAUGAUCUCCGCUGCAUUGUUCGUGAUCAUGACCCUAGUUGAUACGUAUUUGGUUGCUCAAGCGUACAUGAAAGUCAAAUUCACAAUGAAGCACAAAAUUGCAAACAAGCGCAAGGAUGCCGUCACUCGUGAGGUCACCAAGCAGCUGUCUGAGUCAGCAGAGGGCAAGAAGCUCAGCCGACAGGAGAAGGACAAGAGAAUUGACUACCGCAAGAGCGAAGUUGCUGACAACGAGGCGACUCUCUUCUCCAUCUUCUACAACAACACCCUUUUCCUGUUCUUGCUCAUCGCUGUUUUCUACUUGCUCCGGUCGUUCUCUCCCUACGCCAACUAUGUCACAUCGACAGCAGCUGCCGGUUCUCUUGCUUACCUCUUCUCUACUGGAUCAUAAAGGAAUACCUUUCAAGGGACGCAGUUGUCUCUUGCCCCAUAAACUGUGCAGAUCUUGUAAUUGCGAUCCUGUUUGUAGGUUGCAACUGUCAUUUGCACCAUUCAACCUUGUACAGAGUGCUGACAUAAUACUCGGAUGGAAGAAAAGUUUUGCUUAGACCGAGAUUCGAGAAGCAUUGGAGCUUCGUGCGAUUUUAUUCUAUAUUUUCUGCUGGCAUUCUGGUACUAGUUGACUGCCAUCAGCAUGUUUUUUUGAUUUUUUGGUGUUUAUUUGUUCAUGCUUCAUUCUAUUCUACUCCGCUGUCUGCCUAGUUAUCAUUAACCUUCCACUUUGAAUUGGAACUGUUCGAUUUUGCGAACCAA